AUGUCAAGAAAGAGCACCGUUGAGGAGCAAAUAAGCAAUGUCACUGAUCCAAGAGACUUCAGCAAAACGAUGAUACCAGAGCUUCAAGAUACAGACACUUUGCUGCGAUGUCAUAUCUGUAAAGACUUCCUCAAAACACCGGUGCUAACACAUUGUGGCCAUACCUUUUGCUCGCUGUGUAUUCGAGAAUAUUUGAAUCGAGAGCAGAAGUGUCCAUUAUGUCUUGCUGAGUUGAGAGAAUCGAUGCUUAGGAGCGAAUUUCUGGUCAACGAGAUUGCAGCUAGCUACACCAAAGUACGAGCAAAGCUUUUGGAGUUUUUGAGUCGAGAAAGGGAGUUUGAAGCUCAGCCAACUGGUAAUAGCUCAUGCAUGGUCAUCGAAGAUCAUCAAAAAUCUCCAGAUCGCAGUAUUUCACGUAUUGGCAAUGAUAACAGUGACGAUGACGACCUUCAGAUUAUCGCUACAAGGGAAAACAGGCCCGUCAAGCGGACCAAAGAUCCAACGAUGAUUGCAGGUAAUAAGAAAACGCGCAAAGAGUCUCCAGGAGCAGGUAUUAGCUCGCUUUUGGGCAAAGUCAAGAGUCCCGUUCCGCUACAGCCCAAGCUAGUGGACUGUCCUAUCUGUGGAAAGGCUUUCCCACUCGAUGUUUUACAAAGAACUCAUUUAGACGAAUGUUUGUCCACGGAAACACUGGAUAAACCUGACAAUAUCUCAAGCUCACCGGUUGCAGCGAAAAUUGCAUCCAAUUCUUUACCUAAACAACCUUUUGUCACCAACAGCGUCGAAGGGUCCGUCUCAAUCCACUCUAACCGAUAUUCGGAGUCUACGGCCAACAACAGCGUCAGCAGGCUUGCCAAACUAAACUUCUCGUCAACGAGCUUACAACAACUGAAGCAAAAGCUUUCCUCGCUCAAGCUACCCACAAUAGGAACGCGACAGCAAAUGAUAAAUCGUUAUAACCAUUACGAAAUGCUAUGGAAUAGUAAUUACAUCGACUCAAUCGACCCUGUGGAUGAAAGUGAACUUCGCAGACGUCUUGCCAGUUGGGAAGCAAGCCACAAUACGUCCGAAGCACAGCAGAAGUCCGGUAGCAUAUCCAAGUUCCUGACAAAGAAUCCCAUGCAAGAUUUCAAGACGGAUAGAUUUGACAGAACAGGCUGGGUGCGUGCUCAUAGGCGAGCAUUCCGCAGACUCAAAAAAGAAGCGAAAGCGAGUCUUAAAAGGUUCAAAAACGCCGACACCACUGAGCAUGCUCAACUUUCCCAAGUCGAGACCACAAGCCAUCUGAAUCACAGCUUAAGCAGCGAACAGGGUACCGUACCCAGUAAUCAACUUGUUACCAGAAAUGAGCAUAUCACAGCAUCGAGCCAAAGUUCAUCGUGA